AUGGACCCCGCCCAGCAGCAGGAGUUACACCGAACAAAACGAAGCAUCAUGAAAGUUAAUCGCCAGCUCCACGCCGCCUUGCAAAAGAACCGGAAGCUUUCGUGCGCGCCAUGCAGAAGGCGCAAGGUCAAAUGCGACCGGCUCAAGCCGUGUAGCCAAUGCGUAUGGUCAAAGUCCCAGCAUACUUGCGAUUAUUCUUCUCCCCCCCGCCCGUCACUUGCACAAUCAUCUUCAAUGUCCCCAACUCGUCAUCAUGAUGCCCAGCCUAUGGCGCUACCGAUACCAGAUCUUAAUCCCGGGAUGGAUCGCGCACAACAAUGUCAAGCUGUCAAUUAUUCGACUAGCUGGCCAUCUAUCGGACACCCCCACCCAAGCGAAGCCGCAGGAGUGGGUGAACCUUUUCUUUCAUCGCCACCAUUGGAUUCGGUCAAUUUGAGACACCAGGGAACCCGAGAAAUAUUCCCGGCCACCCUGAAAUCCUCUUUCAUGCAAUCAGCUUCCGCUCUGUCCUUCCGUGGAGAACAACUAAAGACCAGGUUCUUUGGGCGAAGUCAUUGGGCAACCACCCUAAGCAUGUUCCCUGAUCUCGUUGCACACCUGCACGACUAUCAUCGACUGAAGAAAGAUCCGGCUAAUACCAGAUUUCAAGAUUGGUUGGUUCUGAAACGGCAUAAGCAGAACCAAAAGGCUGUUAACAAAAAGUACAUACUGGAUCCUUGGAUCAAGCGAACUAGAAAGUUGAGUGAUUUAAUGCCCUCCCGUGGCCUGGCCGAAUAUUUGGUGCAUUUGUAUCUGUCAACCCACGAAACCACGUUCCGCAUCGUUCAUGUGCCUUCUUUUCUAGGAGAACUCAAUGCGUUUUGGAAUGAGGCGGGGUCGUCAACCAACAAUUGCCCUACGGAGAUCUUCGUGGCCAAGCUUCUAACAAUGAUGGCAUGCUCAAGCUGCUUGGCCGAUGCUGAUACCAUCGCAUCUGCGGGAUCAAGCCAGAUUUCCCUCUUGCAUAUAUCGCGUGAUUGGGUCCAAGCUGUUGCAUCGUGGAUGGGCCCCAUACCGAACCAUGAAAAGUUCAAUUUAGACAUGAUCCAAGUGAAAUGUUUGUUGCUGGUGGCUUGCCAGGCGACUGCAUGGGAAGGGGAUCUUGCAGGGAUGGCGGCCGGGUCUCUUGUGCGAGAAGCUGUUUUGAUAGGUCUGCACCGCGACCCAUUAAACUUUCCCAAUGUAUCGCCUUACUGGGCUGAAUUACGCAAACGGCUGUGGUUCACUAUAGUGGAAUUGGAGCUUCAAACCGCGGUGCAUAAUGGGACACCAUUGGCGAUCUCUUGGGACGAGUUUGACUGUCCUCCGCCGUCGAAUAUAGAAGAUGAGGACUUCUCCAGCAGCUCAUCUUCCUUGCCUCCGAUGCGGCCAAUAGAUGAAUCGACCAGAACAUUGUUCCAGGUUGUGCUUGCACGUUCCUUACACAUUCGCAUGAGUAUUGCCAAAGCUGUCAACAGCCUUCGGCUGAGCAUAGGCUACAGCGAAGUUAUACACCUCAGUGAAUGUUUGACCGCCAUCGUUGCUGAGGCUCCGCACGAGCUACGGGACAUCAACAGUCCUGGGGAGAUAACCAAUGGAAGGUUUCGCUGCAACAACUUCCGCAAAUCCCUUUUUCUCUUCAUCAGCUACCGAUUUCAUCUCAUGUUGCACCGAUCAUUCUUCUUGAGCAGUGCUGAAGACCAAAACAGAACGUUCACGUUCUCCCGAAGCGCUUGUGUUCAGCACAGCCUCGCCUUGCUAGCGCAACUCGAAUGUUUUCCAAGCAUGUUGCCCACCGCCUCAUCUCACCGGCAUAACGUUGUCCCUCCCCACAUUUUGCAACUGAAAGGUGGCAUUUUCCAAGACGAUGUCUUCCACGCCGCCAUAACUAUCUGUCUAGAGCUCCGUCUAGAGAUCCACGGGUCUAUUUUUCGGCCGCUUUCAGAUACCAUUUCCGAUUUCAUGAAUCAGUGUGCUUUAUACCAUCGAUUAAGUCUCCUCCAAGGUGUUGAAAACGCACUCAAGUAUUUCGAAUGCAAAGUCCGUUUCGAAAAGCGGGCCUGCAAAAGCUUCACCACCUUAUUCAUUCUCUUUACUUCUAUCAAGAGCCAUUUACCGGUCCCUGAGACUGGACAAGGCACCGGAAAUCCUGAGAUGAAUGCAUUGACGGUAGAUGAUGUUUGCCCACAGGCUUCCCGCCGCUGUCUCGAGUUGUUGCUGGAAGGAAGUGCAAAGCCCGACCUUUCGGACAAUAAUGCCAAUGAAGGAUCUCACGAACCUCAUUCAAGUGCAAGUCUCCAUUCUCAUUCCCUCUUUGUAAUAUUGCUGUCGGGGAAAGUAAGGCAAUAA